CCGUGUGCUUUGCAUCAUAAACCCCACCUCACCAUCCGAUCCACACUUCUUAUUACAAAAACCCACGUGCUUAAUUUUUUGAAAUUAUAUAGUUGUAUAUAUAUAUAUAUAUAUUCAUGUUCUUAAUUCCUUAAAUAUCACCAAAAAAUUUCCUCUAAAAAUAAGAAAACCAUAUAGUAUAAUCAAAAUUCAUAAACAUGGUGUAUGAUAAUGAAUCAAAAAAGAAAACAAUCAUAUUAGUACCAUAUCCAGCACAAGGUCAUGUAACCCCCAUGCUAAAACUAGCCUCUUCGUUGUCAACUUUCGGGUUCCAACCCGUGGUGGUGCUACCGGAAUUCAUCCACCGUUCACUCGCCGACAAAGUCAACGCCGCCACGAAAGGCGGCAUCGUCUGCGUAUCGAUCCCAGACGGGUUGGAUGAUGACGACGAGGAGACUAAUAAGGGUCGUGAUUUCUUCGUUAUUGAACGGGUUAUGGAGGAUUACAUGCCGGGUCAACUGGCCCGUCUAAUUCGUAAUAACAAUAAUAAUAAUAUAGCGUGCAUGGUUGUUGAUGUGUUGGCUUCAUGGGCUAUUGAGGUUGGAAGAAAGUGUGGUGUUCCUGUAGCUGGGUUUUGGCCCGCAAUGUUGGCUACUUAUUCUUUGAUUUCUUCAAUUCCUGAGCUUAUUCAAAGAGGUCUCAUCUCUGACUCAGGGUUGCCACAAAUUCAAGGACCAAUAUCAUUUCAACAAGAUCAAUCACUUCUCAAUAUUGAUGAUUUGCCAUGGCUAAUUGGAACUCAAGCUGCUAAAAAGGCAAGAUUUAAGUUUUGGGCCAGAACCAUGGACCGAUCCAGAUCUCUUCAUUGGCUUCUUGUCAACACCUUUCCAAACGAGUCACAAAAUGUACGGACCUCAAAUCCAGAACUCAGCCCAACAAUUUAUUCAAUUGGGCCUUUGAGCAGUAUUGGGCCAAGUGAAAGCCUAACAUUUUGGAAAGAAGAUGGAAGUUGUUUGGGCUGGCUUGAGCAACAAAAGCCCAACUCAGUGAUAUACAUAUCAUUUGGAAGUUGGGUUAGCCCAAUCGGCGAGGCGAAAGUGAGAAGUUUAGCAUUAGCAUUGGAAGAAUUAAGAAGCCCAUUUAUUUGGGUUCUUGGGCCUGGUUGGAGAGAUGGGUUACCCAAAGGGUACAUAGAAAGAGUAGCAAAACAAGGGAAAAUAGUGGCAUGGGCACCACAAGUUGAAGUGUUGCAACACAAGGGAGUUGGGUGUUACCUUACACAUUGUGGUUGGAACUCUACCAUGGAGGCUAUACAAUGUAAAAAACCCCUCUUGUGUUUUCCCGUGGCGGGCGAUCAAGCUCUGAAUUGCGAGUAUAUUGUUAAUGUGUGGAAGAUCGGGGUUAAGAUGAAUGGAUUCAGUACGAAGGAUGUUAAUGAUGGUGUAAGACGAGUAAUGGAGGACCGAGAGAUGAAGAAGAGACUAGAGGCAUUGAACGCGAGGGUUGUGGGGGAGAAGGUGAAUUUGGAAGUUAAGGAUAAUAUGUUGUGUUUCAUUAAUGAUCUUAAGAGUUCUGUUAAUGCAUUGCAAUUUAAUUUAUGAGAAGAUGAUUAAUUAUGAUGUGGAAUGUUAUAAAACUACAUUCAUGUUGUUUAGCAUGUGCAAUUAUUUUCUUCAAUGGUAUUUUGGAAUGAUUUGGUGUACUAGAAGUCUAG